AUGCGUCUCGUCAAAACUCUUUGCGUCAUCUCCCUCUUUGCACUUGCGGGUACCACAGUUGCACAGAUUGUCGGCGCGCCGAACACGACACUUGCAUUUCACGUUGCAUCGGGCGAGAACGACAACUACUUCCUGCGCGAUGGACGGACAAGCGGACAGCUGGUGCUCACGAGUGCGAGCAGUACGAGCGCGGUGCGAAGGCUCGUCGUCGCGCUGCCUGCGGGGAACUCUGGCGCGCUCGCCUAUUUCCUGCCCAAGGAUGAUUCAGCGGAUGCUAGUGCUCCUGGAGGCAACUCGACUUCGCCAACGGCCCUAGGUGUGACGCUCGUGGAAGGCUCGUUCAAGAGCGCGACGGCGGAUUACUUCAAUGUCGGCGUGCAGGCGGACCUAGCGUUUGACCGGAACGCGACGCUGGGCGCCACAAUUAUCGGAGCCGUCCGCGCCAUGAGAGAUUAUGUUGAAGGCGGGGGGACGAUGCACUCGAUCUUCAACUACACCCUCAUCUCGUUCAACGAGACAUUGGUCCGCCUGCACCGUCAAUGGAUCAACACCACCUCGCCCGACUCCUCGCGCUACCUGGGCGCGGAUCUCUACUUGACCGUUCCCGUUGAAAGUCCCGUACGCCUUGCAGUAACUCCAGGGGACAACGGGACAUGGACCCCGCCGACGGUGGACAUCAUCAUACCUGCGAGUGUAGAGGCUGGGCAGGCUGGCGUGGUCACGGUGAAGGUGGUGACGAACGAGACCAGCUUGCCAGGGCUGGAUACGCAGCGGCUGUUCUUACCGGGGAACGAGAGCGAGACCACUGCGUUACAGAAUGUGCUGCAGGGCUUGUCCGAUGGGGAGAACGACGCGGCAAAACAGGUCUCGUUCCUCACGUAUGAAGAUAAGUUCACAGCUGGCGGAUGGCGCUUUUUGACAUACUUCGGCCGCGACUCGCUCAUCGCGCUGCGACUCCUGAUGCCGACGCUCACGUCGGAGGCGAUUGAGGCAGCGUUAGGUGCCGUGAUAGAGCGCACAAAUGCUACCGGAGCCCUAUGCCACGAAGAAACUAUCGGAGAUUAUGCUUCUUUCGUCAACAUGCAAACUGAUCUACUCCUCCUCCCCGCACUGAGCCACUACUUCCUCGACCUCCCGCAAGGCCCUGGCCGUGCGGAACAGUUUCUCGCCCAGAACGCGACACUCCAAAACGGCACAUACGCCGAAAUUCUGAACCGGACGAUAUCCUACAACCUGGCACGCGCCGCACCCUUCGCGCGCUCUCCGCAGGUCUCCAAUCUCAUCCGCCUCCGUCCCGGGGAGCCCGUCGGGAACUGGCGCGACAGCAACGAGGGGCUCGGGUUUGGGGUGUACCCGUUCGACGUCAACAGCGCGCUCGUCCCUGCGUCCCUGCGCGCGACCCAGGCGCUCCUGACCGCCGGUCUACUUGACUUUUCGGGGCUCGCUGCGGGCGCGGUAGGGGAUGUUGCGAGCGUGUGGGAGGCGCAGGCUGCGGGGCUGUUUGAAGUGCAAGUGGCGGAGGAGGCUGCGCAGAGCCGGCUGGAGAACUAUGUAAGGAUCGCGAACUUGAGCGAAGCGUUACUGGCAGGCUCGAGCGGGAACGUGUCUUUCUACGCGCUAUCGCUGAAGGAGGACGGCGCGCCGGUCGAAGUGCUCAACUCGGACCUGGGUUUCAACCUGCUUUACGGAGCGAACGUGUCGCGCGGAUUUCUGCAGCACGUCGUAGACGUGCUUCAGCCGUAUCCCAGAGGGCUGCUCACGAAUAUCGGCAUGGUCGUCGCGAACCCUGCUUACGACUCGAACGACACCAAUAUAGAUGUUCUCAAUCGCGCGGCAUACCACGGCACCGUCGUCUGGUCGUUCCAGCAGGGUCUCAUGGCGGCGGGCCUCGCGCGUCAGCUCGGCUUUUGUAUGGGCGGGCAGGAGUCGGCGAGCGCGGACACGGAUCGUGCUCCGCAGCCGAUGCCGGACUGGUGCGCCGACGCGGAUUUUAUUCAGGCCUUGCGCGAUGCGCAGACACGCCUAUGGACGUCUAUCCGUGGCGCUAAAGACCAACUGUACUCGGAGGUCUGGUCGUACAGCUUCGACAACACGACGAACGCGUUCAGCGUGGCGGACCUCGCGGCGCUCUCGCCCUCGGGCACCGAGUCGGACGCGAUCCAGCUGUGGUCGUACGGCUUCCUUGCGAUCGCGGAUCCCAGCGGGAAUGGCACACGGGCGACGUGA